AUGUAUGCAAAAGAACACCUGUCAUUUGACCCCCGCCGAGCAGAGCAAUGGGUUGACGAGGUGCUGAAGAUACGGCCUCCAGCUUUUACCAGAGAUUCUUCUGUAGUGGCUAAUCUCCUCUGGAAGGACGAGCAAGAGUUCCAGGAGGUACUCUGCUACUGGUCCUCUCGAUUCAGAGCCAUUUUGACAUCGAAGCUCGAAAACCCCAUUGACCCCGAGUUCAAGAAUUGUUGGUUGGAGUACAUGUCGGCCGAACAGGGUUUCAUUAUAGCGACUCUCGGCAUGGCAUGCGCCUAUGGGCAUAAAGUAAAACUUUGCCCCAGAUUUUUUCUCUUUGAGCUCACCUUCCUGCCAGUUUAUCGUCCCUCCCUUUUUGAAGUCCUGUCUCCAGGGUAA